AUAUAUUUUAAAGAAUAUAAUAAUUAUAAAAUAUUACUAUAUAAAACAAUAAAUAUCAAAACUUGUUAAUUUUCCUCUACAUAUAAAAUGUCAGACUAAUAAUAAUAAUAAUAACUUUAAGAAGAUGCCUAAAAGACUGUCUAAUAAUAACAAAGAAAUCCCAAGAAAUUAGAAAAGGAACAAGAAAAGGAAAGAAAGCGUUUAGAAAAAGAAGCCGCCUUAUUAAAAGAAUAAGAAGAAAAAUGGUAAAAAGAGCUUCAAGAAGACACAUCAAAAAAUUUAUAUGGAGACUACCCAAUAGUAUAAAGUUAAGAUAAGACUAACCGUAAAUGGACAAAAGUAAAAGAUAUUGACGAAAAACUUGUCGGAUAGACAGUAUUAAUCCGUUCUCGUAUUCACACUUCUAGAGUAAAAGGAAAUGUUGGUUUUUUAGUUUUAAGAGAAUAGUUUUUCACAAUAUAAGCCAUGGCUUAGAAGACAGAUUAAGUAUCUAAAACAAUGCUUAAAUGGAUUGGAAAAGUCCCUUGCGAAUCUUUAGUUGAUGUAUAUGCUAAAGUAAGUUAACCAGAAGUUGAAAUUAAGAGUACUACUUAAAAGGUUGAACUUUAAAUUGAAAAAAUUUACUUGGUAAGUCGCUCUAAAGCAGUUCUUCCUUUUUAAUUGGAAGAUGCUUCUAGAUAAAUGAAGAAGGAAGACUAACUUAAAGAAUAUCAAUAAAAUUAAGAAUAAUAAUAAGAAUAAAAGCAAGAAAAAUAAUAAUAGGAAGAAGAAUAGAAGGAGAACAAAUCCGUGGUUGUAAAUAUGAAAACUAGAUUAGAUAAUCGUAUUAUUGAUUUAAGAACACCUGCAAAAUAAGCUAUUUUUAGACUUUAGUCAGGAAUAUGUUAACUUUUUAGAGAAUAUUUAAUCUCUUAAGAUUUUGUUGAAAUUCACACUCCGAAAUUGAUUGGAGGAACUUCUGAAGGUGGUUCAAAUGUUUUCAAAUUAAAAUAUUUUAAAUAAGAUGCCUGCUUGGCUCAAUCUCCUUAAUUAUACAAAUAAAUGUGUAUUCAAAGUGAUUUUGAAAGAGUUUUUGAAAUUGGACCUGUUUUUAGAGCUGAAAAUAGUUUCACCCAUAGACAUAUGUGCGAGUUCACAGGCUUGGAUAUUGAAAUGACUAUAAAAGAAAAUUAUCAUGAAUUAUUGGACCUUUUUGCUGAACUUUUUAUUUUUAUUUUCUAAGGAAUAGAGUAAAGAUAUAAGAAAGAAUUGGAAGCCAUUAAUAGCUAAUUCCCUUUCGAGCCUUUCAAAAUUAAAACUCCAAUAGUUAAACUUACAUUUGAAGAAGGUUGUAAAUUAUUGAAGGAAGCCGGAAUUGAACAAAGUGUUCAUGAAGACUUGGAUACUGAUGUAGAAAAAAAACUUGGGUUGAUAGUUAGGGAGAAAUAUGAUACUGAUUUUUACAUGAUGCAUAGGUAUCCAGUAUCUGCUAGACCAUUCUAUACUAUGCUUUGCCAUGAUGACCCUAGAUUUACUUUGUCAUAUGAUUUCUUUAUGAGAGGUUAGGAAAUUACAUCAGGGGCUUAAAGAAAUCACGACCCAGCUUCACUUGCUAUAAGAGCUUAGGAAUGUGGAAUUAAUGUUGAUACUAUUAAAGAAUACAUUGAUUCUAUGGCUUAUGGAGCUUAUCCUCAUGGUGGAUGUGGUAUUGGACUUGAAAGGGUUUUGUUCUUGUAUUGUGAUUUAUAUGAUAUUAGAAACGGGUGUAUGUUUCCAAGAGAUCCUAAAAGACUUGCUCCUUGAUUCAAUUUUAUUUUAUUUAGUUUUUUGUAUUGAUUUUUAUAUUUUUUAUUAUUAAUAAUGUUCUUUUUUUAUUUUAGAAAAACUGAAAAAAAUUCAAAAUAUUUAAAAUAUUUAAUUAAUUU